UCUUCUUCCCUUGGACAUACCCAAAUUUCAGAAUUUCUGUCUCUGCAACUACUCUUCAAAUGGCAUCUUCUUCUCAAAACCCGUUGCAAAAUUUCCAUGAUUUCCUACCCCUCAUGGCAGGCAAGCUCGGCGGUGACGGCCUGAUCGAGGAGCUGUGCAAUGGGUUCAACUUGCUGGUUGACGGCGAGAAGGGGGUCAUUACUUUUGAAAGUCUAAAGAGGAACUCUGCUUUUCUGGGUUUGCAGGAUUUGACCGAUGAUGACCUCCGGUGCAUGUUGAAAGAAGGGGAUUUCGACGGGGACGGCGCACUUAGUCAGAUGGAGUUUUGCGUUUUGAUGUUCCGGUUGAGUCCUGAGUUGAUGGAGGCUUCCCGGUUUGUGUUCCAAGAAGCUAUUGAACAGGAACUCAAGGAUGGUUACUAAUGAUUUUGACCAUGCAUUUUUCUCCAUUUGUUUUACAAUUUUUCUGGGAAUGUAAUGAAAUUGGUGGAAUAUACAGAAAGGAUUAAUUUUGACUGAAUCAUCUUCUUCAACAAAUGAGAUUACUGUUUUGUUCUGGGUUUUCUUUAGCAACCUUGAUUUAAACAUCAAUAGAGAAGCAAUUUUCGUUGGAAAUCAGAAGUAGA